ACACAGACCCCGCAUGCAAUGGGCGAAUGUCAGAAAAGCAAACCAAGAAAAGAAAGACCUCUCGCAGUCGCCAAUAUGGCCGCUCAUCGGCUCCUCGAUUAGACCAGUUAAGGUAUCAAUUCAUCAAGUAAAUUGUUCGGCGACGGUCAUGCGGGCGGCCUUUCCAUAUAAAGGGAAGCCUGGGCGCUGGAAGGCCAGUGCCAUUUCCCAUCACCACGUCCGCUCUUCAGGUCCUUUCUCUGCCGUCAUGUCUGGCUGCGCAAUGUGGGUGAUCCUUGCCUUGACUGCCUCCUGCAGCGUCAUGUGCCACGCAAGAAUCAUGGAUCCUGGGCACAGUCGCCCUCCAUUCCAUCCUCUUUCGCCGCCUUCCCCUUCGACCUCCUCCUCUUCGGCCUCGGCUCUGCGCGUGGCCAAGCGGGACGUGUUCGACCCCUCGUGCAAGGGCAUCUACAACCGCGCCAUCUGGGCCAAGCUCAACCGGGCGUGCGAGGACUGCCAGAACCUCUUCAGAGACGAAAUGGGCAUCUACGAAUCGUGCAGGGAAAAAUGUUUCGACACAAAGAUCUUCCCCGCGUGUGUGAUCGAACUCUCCCUCAACCUGAAUGAAUACAUGUUCGAAGCAGAGUUGAUUCGCGAGCUUUGAACGGAAGGCGGUCGUGGCCUGCAGAUUCCCUCGGGCGGAUGGGGGGAAUGGUGGAAAAGUGAUUUAUGAAUAUAUAUUCGUUGGCUAUGGAUUUGAAUGUGUUGAGAGUAAAUGUGAUUGUAAGGUAGGCUGUUGAGAGGCCAAACUAAAUGAAGGUUUGUGUGGAUCUACUCUGAUACAUUUUCAUUGCCAAAAAAGUUAAACUGUGUAUGGCCAAAUGAUAUUUCAAAUAAAG